AUGAGCCUCGAAUACGGCCCCCUCAUUCGCCUUUGGGGCAUUCACAGCUCACAGCUCCCAGCCGUCUCUGCGUCACCUGAUGAGCUGACUCCAUUCCUCUCAUCAAUUCUGCUCGAGGCCGCACCCUUCAUCAGUAACGUACCGUCGCCCGAGCGAUCACCAUUUAAAACGGCAUGGCAGUCAAUGGGCAGCAGAAGAUUCCUGUCGUCUAAAUCGCCCGUAUAUAUGUACAACCGUACUGUCCAUACAGAUGUCUUGGAAUCGCUAGCCCAGCAACAUCAUUUACCGCAGCUCAAGGGAGGGCGGCUCCAACCUGAAAAAUGGUAUCUCCGCCGCAGCACACAUGAGGACAGCGCUGCCCCUGGAACCGCCCGCUGGGACGAGUGGGUUAAAUGCUUCAAGGAGCACCAUUCCGAAGCGGAAAAGGAGUUCACGCCGACAGUCCUGGGCACAACCGUGCAUCAGGAAUGGGACUGCCGGGACGUAGAGGUCGAGUUGGACGGCGAGAUCUGGACCGACUGGACCCUCAAGCUGGAGGAAUCUGUGCACCAACUGCCUUCCCCUUUCAAGGAUCGAGUGUUCCCUGUGCUACAGGCCACAGCAGCCGUUCGAGGCGGGAGGAAGUUCAUGGUCGUCCAGAUAGCGGCAUCUGACUUGAACGGGGACAAGCAGCGAAGCAAAACGGUGCGCGGCGCCUACACAAGCAUCGAGCGACUGAUGGAGACGCCUGACGGCAUUGAAUGGGUCAUGGCGACGACGUCGGAUGCGAAGGGCUCGCUGCCACCAUGGAUGCAGAAGAUGGCUAUGCCAGGUCCGGUUGCGAAGGAUGUUGCGCUCUUCUUGUCUUGGAUCGCAUCUCAGCGGACAACGGGGAAGAAUAGUCUAGGUUGGGGCGGAGGCCAGGCUGUCAAGGGAAAACAAAUGACAUUCGAAUUGAGUAUCCGGCAAGUCAGUGCUCAGACCGAUCGGCUGCAACGGGAUUUGCAAAAACUCGUACACUCCACGAGCCAGGACAAGGAAUUCCGGGAACAGCAUGAGGUUCGCCUACAGAAACUGUGGCAAGAAAUGCUGGCAGUGAAGCAUCACAUGUCCCAGGUAGAUGAGGGCCAGAAGGGGGCGGAAGAACUGAGGGCGGAUUUCGAAAGAUGCCAAGAGGAGACCAAGUCGCUCAUCUCUGAGUUUCAGCACGAGAUAAGAGAACUCCGAGAGCUUUUUGAUGGGCUUUCGAGGCAACUGGAUCAGUUUCCGACGUUGGCGGAUUCGAUAAUUGACUCUGGAUAUAAGUCUCAGUCCAUUAUAGUCGCUAGGUCGACACUUGAUUCCCAGACACAGUCUUUACACCGCGGAUAUUCACUGAACAGCCAAGACAGCUGGGGCGCAUCGAUGGAUCAAAGCGUUGAGGAACUUGUACAAGCCGGGUAUGAUAAACAAGCUGUUACAGACGUCUCUAUUCGUGUUGUCGAAACAAUCAAGUCGACUCGUCGAUGGCAUCGCGACCACAAGGCCACUAUCCUCAGCGAUGCCGAGUUCGCCGAAAGCUACCUCAAGCAGCAGUCGAAGCGCGAUCCGGAUCUCGCCGUCCGCAUACAGAAGGCACUAUUACGUUGGGUUCGACGGAAUAGAAGGCUAGCGAACCCAUCUCCACGGUCACUUGCGGAAUUCUGCAGAGAUGUCAAGUGGCAAGAUGUGAUCGAUACAGUCCAGGACAUGCUGGUGAAACAUGAGAAGAGGACAAUGAUGGAAAUGUUAAAAGAGUCUCAAUAA